GUUCUAGCGCACCUGCGCCGGAGCGUUCCACAUGGCGAAAUUAUGAAUACUCUCAGAAACGAUUUGUUUCUGAGAGACAUGCUCCACUGAACUCCCGCGAUCCGAAUCGGUUUUCUCUUCAAGAGCGCGAAUGAAUCGUUGAAGGAGCAUCGGUUUCAGCAUGGACCAGCAGAACAAGAGAGCUCUAACUCUAUCCGUGGGAUUACUGUUCGUCGUCCUUUUCAAAUUCAAACCGAUCGUGGAGUACCUGAAGAGCUGGAUUCCGGAUAGAUCUCGAUCCGAUCCCGAUGUGUAUUCAGCUCUAGACGCGUAUAAGAGGGAUUUGUUCUGGAAUCUCAAGUUACUGCGGCAUUCGAAAGAGAGUUCCGAUAUCGAUGAACUGAGAAUAUUGGAAGUUUGUUACAAUCCUCUGCUCGCCGCGAAUUAUAAAUAUUUCCCAUACUAUAGCACGAGCACAAUCGUCUGCGAGGAUCGCUCCCUUCGGAGGGUCAGUGAGAAGAGAAGCUACAUGACUAUCGGCAACCUGGACGCCUUACGAAACCUCGCGGAUAAGACUUUCGACGCGGCUGUCGUCACAUUCGUUCUCUGCGCUUCGAAGAACUUGGAGCGAGACCUGUGCGAGCUCCGUCGGGUGCUCAUCGAUGGGGGUCAUCUCUAUUUUCUCGAACACGAACCUCUUCCUGAAGGACAGCCACUGCGGUCGGAGACAUCGUACAACCCGCUUCCGAGAGUCGCCUCAUCAAUCGCUGCGAUUUUCAGGACGAAGCCAUAUUCUAUAGCCGAAACAAUUCGGAAUCAGCGUUUCCUGCGAUGCGAAGUGAUACAGAGAGUGCUCCUUCCACAAUAUUACCCAGAUCGAGAGUUCGUGCUUGGAUUCGCGAUCAAAUAGCCAAGAAAUCGACGGAAUGUUAGUAUACACCGGCACGGAGUCCCUAGUGGGACUGAGAGAAGUAUCCAGUGAGCCAGGGAUUUCAAACAAGUCAUGACCCUUGUUCUUCAGCUGGAGACCUUUCAUAUACGGAGCUGAGUUCUCAGUCCACAUAUUCUAUAUACUGGGGAGAUGCUGUAUACUUUGUACGUCUUGUACAUCUCAUUUUGGCGAGGAAUCCCGAGCAUGACCCGGUAUUUUGAGGAUUUCUAGGCUCAGCUCCG